GUAUAAAAAAGUGAUUUAAUUGAUAUCGUAUCAAUUGGAGCAACAAGGUGUUUCGUUUCCACUUUCCUUCUCCCCUUUGUUUCUGUGAAAUUUCGAGGGUUCCCGUUUGUAUCUUCGCCUCUUCGGUUGGCGUAUCAUCAAUUCAGAAUCAAUCAAUCACGCAACAAAGAUGUUUCGAGGAUUAUGGGGAUCACAAGAGCAACAACCACAUGAAGCUUCAUCCCAGCAAUCAUGGUAUUCACCAUCUAUCAUGAGUUCAUCCACUUCUUCAAGACCUGCUACACCUGCUUCCUCUUCCGCUUCACCGAGGCCGCCGUCUUCACAUGUUCCGCCAGCAGAAGCCGCCGGAACCAUUGCUUCUUUGAAGGAUAAGAGUGUUGAUGAGUUAAGGAAGCUUUUGUCUGAUAAAGAUGCGUAUCAACAGUUUCUGAAUUCGCUUGAACAGGUCAAGAUUCAAACCAAUCUGAAAGAUGAACUUGCCAAGGAAAAUAGGCAGCUGGCAGAGGAAAAUCUACAAAAGGAACCUCGCAUGAUGGAACUUAGGAAUCAGUGUAGAAUAAUUCGUACAACCGAAUUAGCUACUGCUAACGAGAAACUAAACGAGCUUGAGAAGCAGAAAGAAGAAAUGUUAAAAAUGAAUUCCCCUGCAUCCCUUCUCCAGAGGAUUCAAGAAUCUGUGAACCAGACAGAUGAGGAAUCUGAAAAUCUGCACCAGCAGCUCCUUGAUAGAGAGGUUGACCUUGCAGCUUUUUUGCAGAAAUACAAGAAGCUACGCACCACUUACCACAAGAGAACUCUUAUACAUCUUGCUGCUAAAACAUCAAAUAUAUGAGCUUUGACAUAUGGAAUAUGAAAAUAAUAAUGUAAACCAGUUUUAUGAGUUGUGUGGAUAGAGCUAUCUUUGUUUGAUUGAUCAACGUUGUACAGCUUAAAAAUUGAGAUUGUUCCCUGUAGCGACUAGUAUUCAUAAAUACAUCUCUUUUCCCUGUUGAGUAGUUA